GCCCCGCUUCCGAGCACUGGUACUCCUCAGAGCUCACCGAGUGGAGAAAAUGCAACAUCACAACAGCAGGUAAUGACAGCAACGGGCUCAGUACCAGUAACUUUUGCGCAGCCGAUGGCUCAAUAUUGCACUACUCCUAAUGGGGUUCAGCAGUUUACUCAAAUGAGUCAGCCAUUAACUCCGUUUGAUGCUAGUGGUCAGUCGGUAGCCGUUUUGGCUCCAGUAACACAAGCUAUUCCUCAGGCUGUUGCAGCACCGCCCAGCACCGGACAGCAGCGUUACGAUGAGGUCCAAAUGGCUUGGCAGAAUACUCCUAACUCCGAAGUGCGUCAUUCUAGCACACCUCGUCGUAGUCCUGUGAAGUCUCUGGUUCCACUUACUAAUCGAUUCAGUCAAAUGAGUGUUCAAAGUCACCAGCAUUACGUCCCAGUUGUUCCUUCAAGUUCAUGCUUUCAAAACAUUGUAGAUCGGAAAGACGGUCAUUCAACUGGUUCACCAGAUGCCGGUACUCUGAUACCGUGA